UGUAUUUUCAAGUAUCUGAAAAGCUUCAGGAAGAAUCUGCGGAGCAAAAAUGGCGGAGAAGAGCAGGAUUCUGAUCAUCGGAGGAACUGGCUACAUCGGAAAGUUCAUCGUGGAAGCGAGCUCGAGGUCUGGCCACCCGACAUUUGCGUUGAUUAGAGAGAAUUCUGUUUCUGAUCCUGUAAAAGGAAAAAUCGUCGAAGGAUUUAAGAAUUCUGGAGUCACCAUUCUUUAUGGCGAUUUGAAUGACCACGAGAGUUUGGUGACCGCGAUUAAGCAGGUGGAUGUGGUUAUAUCGGCUGUAGGCCCGUUGCAGCUGGCUGAUCAAUUUAAGAUCAUCGCUGCAAUUAAGGAGGCUGGAAAUGUUAAGAGAUUCUUACCUUCCGAAUUCGGCAACGACGCGGAUCGCUCGCGCGGUGUUGAACCUGCGAAGACUAUAUUCGAAAGCAAAUCUCAAAUCCGGCGUGCUAUCGAAGCAGAAGGAAUUCCUCACACAAUUGUCGCAUCCAAUUUCUUCGCCGGAUAUUCUCUCGCGACGCUGUCGCAGGAGAUCUACGCCACAGCUCCGCCUAGAGACAAAGUGACCAUAGUAGGAGAUGGAAAUCCCAAAGCUGUUUUCGUUGAUGAACGAGACAUUGGCGCAUACACAAUCAAAGCAGUGGACGAUCCGAGAACACUGAACAAAAUCCUCUACAUCAAACCGCCGAAGAACAUCUAUUCCUUCAACGAAAUUGUUGCACUGUGGGAGAAGAAGAUCGGUAAGAGCCUCGAGAAAGUGUAUGUCCCUGAGGAGCAACUCCUGAAGCAGAUUGAAGAAUCAUCUGUUCCAUCAAAUUUCUAUCUGGCGAUCCUGCACUCCAUUUAUGUGAAUGGUGAUCAAACCUACUUUGAAAUCGAGCCAUCUUUUGGGGUGGAGGCUUCAGAGCUGUAUCCUGAGAUCAACUACACCACUGCAGAUGAGUAUCUUGAUCAGUUUGUGUGAGAGUGAUGAUUAUGGUUGUGUUGUAUAAUUAUGAUCAUUUUAUAUAAAUUAUUAUUAAUAACAUUUUGAAUAUAUCAAUGUUUAGAUGAAAUUUAGGGUGUGUUUCUUUGUGGUAGGGCAAAUUUGGGUUUAAGUUUGGUUUUUAUUUGAAUUGUGAAAUGAGUUUAAAUUUUUAUUGUUUCUUUUGUGUUUAGGUU